CUCCCCUCUUCUAAACGGACUGUCCCUUAAAACGCCGUUACUCGAGACCCACCCGUUCCGUCACGUGCCUCGAAUAAACGUUCUUUCUGUACAGUCGUAUGGCGCUUGAGCAAUUGAGUCACGGCCCUGCACCCGUUGACGGGGGCACAAACGAUGUCCCUAACGGCGGCGACAAGAGGAAACCGCCAGUCGAUGGCGGAGACGACGGAAACAGAGCGGCGAGGCUGCCUCGAUGGACGAGGCAAGAGAUUCUGGUUCUAAUACAAGGGAAGAGAGUAGCGGAGAACCGGGUCCGGAGGGGCCGGAGCGUGGGCAUGGAGUUGGAGGUGGAGCCCAAGUGGGCGGCGGCGUCGUCGUACUGCAAGAGGCACGGGGUGAACCGGGGAGCGGUUCAGUGCCGGAAGAGGUGGAGCAACUUGGCCGGCGACUAUAAGAAGAUCAAGGAGUGGGAAUCAUCGCAGGUGAGGGAGCUGGAAACGGAGUCGUAUUGGGCGAUGAGGAAUGACUUGAGGAGGGAGAAGAAGUUGCCUGGGUUCUUUGACAGAGAGGUUUACGACGUGCUUGACUGCGACUCGGUUACUGCCACGGCCCCAGUGGAAGAGGCUGCUGGGCGUUUUCCGCCACCGAGUGAGGUUCAGAGGACAACUGUGUCCAAUCCUCUUCCUAUUUCAGAGAAACAAUAUCAUCCACUUUCCAGGGGGUGCCCAUCUCAAGGCACAACACAUGGUAAACGACAAACAAAUGAUCCUGGGAUGGGAGCUGCUUCUCAGCAAACACGUAAGCGCAAACGGUUAGUUGCAGAUGGAGACGAGGAAACAAACACCCUUCAGUCUCAGUUGCUUGAAGUCUUAGAGCAGAACGGCAGAAUGGUGAGCGAGCAACUCGAAUCUCAGAACACCAAUUUUCAGUUGGACAGGGAACAGUGCAGAGACCAUGUCAAUAGCUCAGUUGUUGUACUUAGUAAACUGGCAGAUGCUUUGGGCAGAAUUGCUGAUAAGUUGUAGAAAAGAGCCAUCAGAACACAGUGUACAUACCCACAAAAGUUAUAUCAGAGCUCAAUGGAUGGUAGGGGAGGGUGAAGGAUUUGAAUUUUAUUGCUCAUGUCGAAUAAUAUAUGAAUGAAAUUUGUCAUAUAAAAUUUUUGUUCGCGUCCUUUUUGCCCCCCUUUGUGGUGAUUGCCAAUACAUGACAGAGGUAAUAAAUCAUGGGUGUUUGAGUUA